UGUUUGCAUAUAUUGACUAUUAAUAUGUUAUAAAUUAUAAAACAACAAAUCAAUCAAUCAAUUAUUGUUGGGAUCAGUUAGUUGUGAUAAUAAUAAUUAUUAUUAUUAUUGGCCACAAAUAUUAGUCAUCAUCAUCAGCAACAACAACAACAACAAUAUGGACGCCGACGAUGAUGGCAAAGGUGGCUAUCGUUGGGAAACUGAAUACGAAAAGACAUGGGAAGCAAUCAAAGAGACAGCCGACGGACUCAUCGAACCGAUGGUCGCCGAUAUGGUGAACAAAGCCAAACGCCGACGACUGGCCAACAAAAAGAAUCUACGGCUCGGAAUGAUGAGACACCUGUUUAUCGUUGUAGACAUGUCUUCAUCGAUGAAUCAAAUAGAUUUGCGACCAAAUCGGCUGAAAUGUACGACAAAAAUAUUGGAAAUGUUUAUCAAUGAAUUUAUCGAUCAAAACCCGAUCAGCCAUUUAGGACUGAUUGUUACCCGAAAUAAAAGAGCCGAAAAACUAAGCGAUUUGAGUGCCAAUGUUCGCCAGCAUUUGGAUGCCAUCCGACGGUUGAAUGAUAUGUCUUGUAUUGGCGAACCAUCUCUUCAGAAUGCGCUCGAAAUGUCAAUGAAGAUACUAAGACAUAUGCCGGCCCACACCAGCAAAGAAGUACUCGUAUUGAUGGGCAGUUUGACGACAUGCGAUCCAAAUGAUAUCAAUCAGACUAUUAGUCAACUGUUUGUCCAUAACAUCCGGUGUUCGGUCAUUGGAUUGGCCGCCGAACUACGUAUUUGUCGAACAUUGGCCCAGAAAACUAAAGGCCUGUACGAUGUUGUCAUGGAUGAGGGACACUAUAAGGAACUGGUCUAUCAGCACAUGGAUCCGCCGGCAUCAUCAAUGACCGAGUCAUCGCUCAUGCAAAUGGGUUUCCCAACCUAUAUGAACGAUGGCCAAACUCAGGCAUCGAUGUGUGUAUGCCAUCUGAACAAUACAUGCAAUUUCAGUACAACCGGCUAUUUGUGUCCGAAAUGUCAAUCAAAAUAUUGUGAUCUACCGGUCGAGUGUCAGGUUUGUGGCCUAACCCUAGUAUCGCCGGCACAUUUGGCCCGUUCCUAUCAUCAUCUGUUUCCAGUCGAUGUAUUCCAGGAGCUAACUGUUCCCGAAUCGGAUGGCGAUAAGACUACUACUACUACUCAUGAAUGCUAUGCCUGUAAUAAACAAAUCGAUAGUAAAUCAAUUAGUGGUGCCGUAUGUGAGGGCUGUUCGCAAAUUUAUUGUAUUGAUUGCGAUCUGUUUAUUCACGAAACACUUCAUGUAUGUCCCGGUUGUGUCUCAACAACAACUACAACAACAACCAGUAGUAGUAGUAAUCAAUCAAUCAAUCAUUAAAUAAAACAAUUAAUAUUUGUUUGUAUAACUAAUUCAAAUAUACUGUAAAUUAAGUUAUUGUUACAAAAAAAAAUUAAUGUAAAAAUUUUAUGACAAUAACUAUAACUAUCUCUAUCUCUCUCUCUCACACACACACACUCACACUCACUCACUCAC